AACACUUGGUAUCGCGAGCGCAAAGCGCAUAUCAGCAGCAGAGCUCUGUCAGCAGGCAAUCUGAAGCAAUGGUCCUCCACGGCGCACAGUAUAAGUAGUUCUCCAGGUGAAAAGACCAACCAAAAGCACGGGCGCACGCGAACGGGAGACACAAUAAUAUAACAUACAUAGGAGCACCGGCAGGAUGUCAGUGAAGAUAUUGGACGGCGGCUUCUCGACGCAACUGGCGAGCCACGUGGGCGACCGAAUUGACGGGGACCCGCUGUGGACGUCGCGUUUCCUCGCCACGAACCCCGAGGCGGUUUACCACACGCAUCUUGAUUUCCUGCGCGCCGGCUCCGACGUGAUCGAGACCAACACCUACCAGGCCUCGGUCGGCAGCUUCGUCAAGCACCUUGGUAAAACGGAGCAGGAGAGCCUCGAGCUCAUACGUACCGCCGUCGUCCAGGCCAAGAGGGCCGUCGCCACUUACCAGGACGAGGUAGCUGUCGCGGGUGGCGGCGUCAGCAACGCUGAGCCCUGGAUCGCCGGCUCGAUCGGGCCUUACGCCGCUUGUCUGCACGACUGCUCCGAGUACACCGGCACGACGUACAAGGACAUCGCGUCCAUGGAUGACAUCGUCGAGUGGCACAAGCCUAGACUGGAGACUCUCGUGGCCAACGGGAUCGACCUGCUGGCCAUCGAGACGAUUCCAUGUGCCAAAGAGGCUGAGGCCCUGGUCGAGUUGUUGAAGCAGUACCCAAACGUCAAGACUUGGCUGUCAUUUUCUUGCAAGCAAGACGGAAAGAGCAUCGCCGACGGCAGUAAUUUCAAGGAAACCGCGCUCAAGUGCUACAGAGCGGGCAACGGCCAGGUGAUUGCGUGUGGGGUCAACUGUCUCGCCUCUCGGGCAGUGACUCCCCUGUUGAGGAGCAUCGGGGAGAAGGAAAUAGGGCAGUUCAUACCAAUGGUGGCUUAUCCCAACAGCGGGGAAAAUUACUCGCAAAAGACGUUCAGCUGGACGAUCGAAAAUGACUUUCAUCCGCCAGAGGAGUUUGUCAAGGAGUGGCUGGACCUUGGGGUCAGGUAUAUCGGGGGUUGCUGCAGAACCGGGACCAAAGAUAUUAUUAGGAUUGCCGAGGAGGUCAAGGCUUGGUGUAAGGCUCGGCGUGCCUGAGUCGUCUUAUUUAUUUAUUUAUUUUUUUUUUUUUUCAAUAUCGUUGCAACCACCCACGACUUUUGUGGGGAGGUGCGCGCAAUUGAGGUUCUUCAGCCUUGACUAUAAUCGAUUCAAUGACAACGUUUGUUUGCUGUAAUUUUUUGUAUAAAAGUCAACUGUACCAAAUAUUACGAGGUAGAAAAUCUCGCUAAAUCUACUGAAUCUGCAAAAUCUAAGAUUUAAGAAGUUGAAUUUUUGUACUCAUUGAUGAGUUUGUAAUAUUUAAUACACUUGUAUUUUCAACAUCCCAAGUGCCAAGCAACGUAUGGGUGCUCUAUAUGUUACAUGUGCCCUUGCAGAGUAUUGUAAAGAAAUAAGUAUUGAACCUUGUUUGAAACAAGGUGUCACGGAUAAUAAAGUUUGUGUAGCAUCACAUGCUCGUGCCUCGCAUACGGCAGGUUCGGUUGCAUCCACAUGGCUGUAAUAAUAUUAACUAACUGUGAUGAAAAACUUAUAAUUCAAAUGUACAUGAAUCUUAAAGGUCAAGGAAUGCCGAUUUUUUGUUUUAAACUUGAAACAACAUUCUUUUCAAACGAAUUAUUUUAUUUGAGAAACUCAAUUGUUAAUUCUUUAUUAAUUUAUUUUUCAUUAAAGAACUUAAUUUAA